AGUUGCCAUUGCAAUCUCUUAUUUUUACCUCAUCAAAAAAUAAAUAAAUAAUAAUAAUAAUGAAAUAAAUAAAUUCGGAAAGCAUCCUGACUCAACUGUUUGUUUAAAACAGUAGGCCUAGCUAGGCUAAUACAUUAAACACAAUAAAGAACGCUGAGUUGGCAUUUAAUCUCAUCCCUUUAUCUUAUUUUAUGAUAUAUAAAAAAAAAUCUCUGAAUACACACAUUAGGCUUUAUUAACUCCAAAAUCAACAACCGUUGACUUAACAUUAAAAAACGGUCAAGCUAAUAUAUGGGAUGUGUUUAGUGAACGUUUUAUUUAUUUAUUUGUCUUUUUGACAUUUCUGAAUAACUCUACACUAAAACUUAGUGUCAUGAAUGAGUUAGGAUUACAGUAUGUUGUCUUCUCACAUCAAAAUAUUUGAGGGUGAAUAAAUUUGAAUGUUUUAGUAACAUUUUUAGCAGAACAAAAAGUCUUGAUGGGUAUGAAUGCUUCUAGUUUAAGAAGGGUUAUUGAAAUAGAGACAAAGACGUAUCUCCAAUGAAACCAAACAGAUCAUUCCAGACUCUGGGCAUGAUUCACAAACAGUCGGGAGUCUCGGAUAAGGAGUGACCUUCAUCCCGGAGGCAUUGCUCUUCUCAUCUAAUCCCAAAACCUCUGGCAGUCUCAUCUCUUCUCAGUUUAUUAGACACACAGCAGUGUCGGCGACGCCUGAGAGCACUUGUCCUGUAAAAACACUACUUGUCAGUCAUGUUAAAGGUAGCACUGGCCAUGGAGCUCAUGUAGUGCCUGUUGACUGUAGAGCGCAGGCGCAGAUCGCUCUGCUCACUGGAGCGUGUCGGGCGAGUGGAGUGUAUCCCGUUCUUUUGUCUCUCCACCUGUCCCGUGCGUAAUUUCACUUUCAUAAUACCGGUGAUCGACAAAGGUGCGUGCAUUCUUAUAUUUCCAGCAAAGAUGGGCAUAUUUUAUGAGAGCUGUGGGUUCACAAUCCUGUUGAUUCCCAAUGGCAGACGGUCUGCCUUCAGGAUUACUGGAAGCAUGUAUCGUUGUUGGUCCUGUAAAUGAUAAACUGAAGGAGCUGUCCCAGUCUUUGCUGCAGGUGAAAGGAAGUCCUCUUCCGCUGCUGGAUCCUGAGGUCCUACAGGUCCAUGCACCUCCAUUUGUGCCUAAAGAGAGUCUCAGUGAACCAGCCGAGAGAAACUUCAGCCAGACCCAGCAACAGCGCUUCUUCAUUAAGAAGAAAACUGAUAGACCUGGUAUUAAGGCUGGAAACCCCAAAGAAGAAACCACAAAGAACGUUAGUGUUCCCAAAGACCUGGAUCUGGUGGCUCUGCCACAACUCUGCUUUCCAGGUGGACUUCAGGUAACUAAGGAGCAAAAGGAUGAACAAUUUCACUUCCUAGUCUUUACUGACAUGUUUGGAAACCAGUCUCAUGGAAUAGUUCUCCAGUACUAUAGAGCAACACAGGAAAGAAUGCAGAAUGGACAUCGGUCUCCACAACUCUACAUUGCUUAUGCAAUAUGUGUUAUUUCAAAACAUCCAUAUUACAAUGCACUCAAAGACUGUCUGUCUAGCCUCUUAGUUCAGCUCAAAAUCUGUCAAAUGAAGGAUAUGGAAGAGCAAGUGAGGGAGUUCUCUGCUAAACUGGCUCUAGUCCCAGUACCUCCUCCUGGUCAGCUGUGUGUGAUGUUCACCUUACUACCUCUGACGAUUGUCCUUCCAUCCAGAGAAGAUAAAAAUCAUCCUGUUAUCGACCUGGACUUACAUCUUCCACUCCUCUGCUUCAAGUCCAGAGAGCUGCUGCAGAUCAUAGCCAGUAUACUCACAGAGCAGCGUAUGGUGUUCUUUUCCUCGGACUGGGCCAAACUGACCCUGAUUGUAGAGUGUCUCACGCUGUAUAUUUGGCCCCUGCACUGGCAGCACCCACUGGUGCCUAUACUCUCUCAACAUAUGCUUGACUUUGUUAUGGCACCAACUGCCUUCCUCAUGGGAUGCCACAUCAGCCACUAUGAGGACGUUGCCAAGUUAACUGAUGACCUGAUUCUGAUCGAUAUUGAUGAGGGAACCGUGUCCUGCUCUGGCUGUCAUUACGUUGACGUCCCAGACACCCCACAGGCAGCUGCUCAGCGUUUCAAGUGUCGAAGGAAAGGUCUUCAAUUACACUACGACCUGGAAGUGGUUCAUCAGAGAAUCUGUAGCAAUCUUAAUGAGCUGCGGAUGCAGAGAAAACACUGGCAACACAGGCUCAAUUUGGAAAUACAAAACAUUACCCUGGAGCUCAUCGUUAACAUGUUUAGAGAUGUCUGUGAUUACCUUAAUGAUGAACACAGAGUUUUUAACACUGAUGAGUUUCUGAAGACCAGGGAGCCAGGCGACCAGCCAUUUUAUAAAAAGGUCUUGGAAACACACAUUUUCCACUCCUUCUUGAAAGAACGUUUGAAUGGAAAAAUAGAUAAAUUUACCCAAAUGGAGCUUAGUACUCAAACAGAAGACCAAAAAUUGAGUAGAUCGAUGGAUUACUCACGCAGACCCACCAUAAAGGAAAUAGUUUCGCGAAAUGGUUCUUUAGACAGCGGUUUGAGUAAACGCUUGGGCUCAAGUCUCCCUGACCUGGACAACAAGAAACACCUGAGUGUCCUCAAACAGAUGUCUCCAACUAAGAUCAUUCCUGCAAAGUCUAUGAAUAUUCCAGUCAGGCCGAUCAAGAUCUUCCAGCUUCCAGAAUUCCCUUCUCCACUGAACUACCCCAACAUACUCCAUUACUUAGGAGAUCUAAUCCUCCAGCUGAACAAAGCCAUAUCAGCCACACCACCUCAGGAUUCCUCCCUGCUAGCAAGAUACUUUUACCUGCACGGCCUCAUCAACAUGCUGAGUUCUAAGCGAUUGGAUGCCCUCAGCGACUUCCAGAACCUCUACAAAACAGAUAUUGAGAUUUUUCCCGGAGAGCUGGUGAAGACACUGGUGGACUCUCUGCAGAAUGAGGAGAAAGUCCAGGCAGAGAAGAGAUCUGAGCUCAAACGGCUCAUCUGUCAGGUGAAGAACAAUGAAAAGAGCGAGCAGGAGGAAUCGGACUAUCACGUGAAGAAGUUUGAGCUGCCCAAGAGCCCCAUGCAGCUGGAGGAGUUUGUGAAGUGCACUCAGCAGUCUGGUAUUGUGCGGGACAUGGCCACUUCACAGAGAUUGUUUGAAGCUCUCACUGUCGGUGGGCCGAAGCAUAUUCAUCCAGAGAUGUUCAGUGUAUUUUAUAACUUCUGGAAACAGACCGAGGCAGAAGCACAGGACAUUGAUCUGCCUUCUGAGGUCCUGGAACGCCUAGACAACAGCGAGUGUGUGUACAAGCUGUCCAGCUCUGUGAAGACGAGUUAUGGCGUUGGUAAAAUUGCCAUGACUCAGAAGAGGAUCUUUCUGCUGACCACAGGCAGAUGUGGAUAUGUUGAGAUUACCAAGUUUAGGGACAUUGAGGAAGUAAAGAUCUCCACUGCUUCGUUCUCGCUUUUGAGGAUCCCAUCUCUAAAGAUCAAGAACAGCCUAAGGAGAGAGAUAUUUGAGGCUAAUUUAAAAUCUGAGUGUGAACUGUGGAACCUGAUGGUCAAGGAGAUGUGGGCUGGGAGAAUGAUGGCAGACAACCAUAAGGACCCCCAGUAUGUGCAGCAGGCACUGACCAAUGUCCUGCUUAUGGAUGCAGUGGUGGCCUGUUUACAGACACAGAAGGCUGUCUGUGCUGCCUCCAAAUUGGCCUUUUAUGAAAAGCAACGACAACAAGUCCCUAUGAUCAUCCCCAGACCCACAGCAGAGGCUCUGAAACACAAGAUCAAUCCGUCCCAGAACAUGACGAACCCUCAGUCUGUCGAUGUCUUGCUCUACACUCCAGGCCAGUUAACUUUCCCAGACAGGGACGUGGAUGGAAACCCUAAGCUCUGGUGUGCUCUCAGCUGUGGGAAAGUGGUUGUGUUUGAUGCUGUCAGUUGGUCCCUAAAGCAAAACUGUAUUCAUUUAGGAGAAUCUCGACUGAACUGCAUGAUGGGAUUAGACCAGGAGCAGGUGUGGAUUGGUUCUCAGGACUCCGUCAUUUACAUAAUCAACACUCGCAGUAUGCUGUGCCAUAAACAGCUGACUGAGCACCGUGAAGAGGUCACAGACUUCGCCCUGGAGAAACUGAACCCUGAGAACAGAUCAAACCAAGCGCAGGUGUAUUCCUGCAGUGCAGAUGGCACUGUGAUCAUUUGGGACGUCCCUUCUCUGAAGGUGAAGAGGCAGUUUCAUCUGUCCUGUGACAGGCUGCAGUCCAUUCAAGUUUACGAGGAUGCCUUAUGGUGUGGUGCUAGGGAUUGUGUCAUGAAGCUGAGUCCCAGUGGAGAUCUGCUUUGUAAGAUUUCCCUCCCAGGUGAAGUGAAAACAACAUCCUUCAGCAGGGUCGCACUGCUUAUGGAGAAAAGACAGAUCUGGACAAGUUUCACAGACUCAGCAGAGCUUUGUGUAUGGGACUCCAGUGACCCCAUCAAACCACCUAAAUGGGUCAUACUCCCCAACUGCAGUUGGAUCACCUGUAUGAUCAGAGUGAAAGAUCAGGUCUGGAUUGGUUGUAGUGGUGGGUCAGGCCUCAGUAAGGUUUUGGGGAAGAUCUUUGUGUUGGACUCUGAGAGCCUGAUGGUUGAGAAGGAGCUUGAGGCCCAUGAAGACACUGUUCAAGCUCUCUUCUCAGCAGAGGACCGAUACAUACUCAGCGGCUCUGCAAAACGUGAUGGCAAAAUCGCCAUCUGGAGAGUAGAUUAAACAAGCUGACACAACUUGAUUGUAAAUUUUAUCAGCUUUAUAAACGGGUGCAUCAGGAUAUGUGACAUGCAAGUUGUUCCUUGGCAGUUUCAACUCAGGGGAAGAAAUGUAUACGCAGUUUCCCUUAAAAAGUGUCAUGUAAUCCCAUUGGGCUUUGGUGAGAAGAGCUGUUUAUACUGGUUUUGAUUGGAGUUAGCCAAUGAUGGCACUAUGAAAACCAACUAGACGAGUAUCCUGAAGGUUGCAAAUACUUAUCAUAAGGGAGUGAAACAACUACUACAAGGCUUUUUUCUACAAAUAGUCCUAUGUUAAGAAUGCUAAGAUCUCAAUGGUCUCUGUGGAAAUAUAUUUUUGCAUUGCCUGAGUAUAAGCAAAGCUUGUAGCUGUAAAAUAAAAAAAGUUUAUUAUAUAUUUUGGAAUUAAUUUGAACGCUUUCAGUCCUUUGAACGCUGUUCUUAUUCCAAGAAAGCUGAAUAUAGAAUCGGGUGAGGUUUGUGGAGCUGCCAUGUACACAAUUUCCUGAAAAGCCCUGGAUCAAAGGGAAUUGAGGUCCAAACACCAGCACUGCCUGAGGAUGGACUGCAGCCAUAAUGAGUAGAUUGUGUAACAGAGUGCCAGUCCUUGUGGUGUCUCUGGAGUGGCAUGUAAGAUUGUAUGAAACCCUGUUUGAUAGACACUGCUGUCUCGGUUUUUGUUAUUGUAGAUCUGUAUUUAUUUUAUACCUGAAAUGUUUUGGGGGAAUCUCACACAGACAUGCCUGGGUUGUGUUAAAUGUCUUUAAAUUUAAAUUUUUUUUUUUUAGAUACAUUAUAGGCCUGGCUUAAAUUGUGCUUGCAUUUUAACAAUAUGUGACCCUGGACCACAAAACCAGUCUUUGGAUAUAUUUGUAGCAAUAGCCAAUACAUUGCAUGGGUCAAAAUUAUCGAUUUUUCUUUAAUGCCGAAAAUCAUUAGGAUAUUAAGUAAAGAUGUUGUAGAAUUUUCCUUGUUCAAAAUAAAUAGCUCUGAAGAGGUUUUGAAGCCAGAUAGACCUUUAUUAACAAGUUAACAAAAGGCAGAGUGGUGUUCGAACAUGUACAUUUUCUACCGUAAAUAUAUCAAAACUUAAUUUUUGAUUAGUAAUAUGCAUUGCUAAGGACUUCAUUUGGACAACUUUAAAGGCGAUUUUCUCAAUAUUUUGAUUUUUUUUUUUGCACCCUCAGAUUCCAGAUUUUCAAACAGUUGUAUCUCGGCCAAAUAUUGUCCUAUCAUAACAAACCAUACAUCAAUGGAAAGUUUAUUUAUUCUUUCAGAUGAUGUAUAAAUCUCCAUUUAAAAAAAUUGACCCUUUUGACUGGUUUUGUGCUCCAGGGUCACAUAUUUUAUUGGCAGUUAAGCACGUUUUCCCUAAAAUUCUUUUUACUGCAUGCCAAAAAUAUCAUUUCUGUAGUAAUGUAAUUACAUCGUCAUAUCUGUUAUACUGUUUUUGUGCUAAAAUAAGAAUAAAUUCAGUACAUCAUCAGUAAUGAUGCCCUUGA